UUCUGCGGCGGUGUGCACGAUAACGCAUUGCAACUCGUGUCCGCAAUAAAAAAAAACAAAAAGUCAAAUUUGGAAAAAUUCCCGCGCGGCGCGAAAGAGACAGCCUACCCCCUCGGCCCUCGCGGCCGGUGCAUAGUUCCGAUGAAAAGUGGCAUUCAGUGAAUUAGUCGUGUUUACGCGUGCAGCUAGAUUGUUUUGGUAUUUUUUGUGGCGCCCUCUGUCCUAUAUACCGCUGUCAAAACAACGAUGGAAGUGCGAGAAGAAAAUUAAACUAGCGGUGUUUUUCCCAAGUUAACCUACGAGCUCAGUUGCGCGCGGACGGUCGCACGCGCCUCGCGCAGAACUUACACGAAACUCCGAAUGGAACACCCACCGAAUUCGAAUUUUCAAAAUCCGAACAUGAUUUGCUCAAGAUUGUGAUGUUAGUGCCUUACGUACAAACUGUGAUGACAUAGUGCAAAUAUUAUAGUAGUGUCUGUGAACUAUUGGAGAAUACGGCUAGAACAUUAGCGUGCUUAUGGAAAUUCCCUUCACAAGGGUAUGGAGUGCUCGUUCGCCCGCUGCCAGCAGGAGCGGCGUCACAUCCGCCGCGAGCUGCAGACCUGGGCCAAGAACCUCGUCUACAUCCUGGGUCUAGAACGCGUAGCCGAGGAGUUGAUGGGUCGAACGAAAUGGAAGUUAUACCAGGACGGGCUGAUGCCGAGGGCAGAGGACUCCAGCGACGACGACCCCACGCUACCCCCGCCAGGGCUCAAAAUAAAGACCAUAGAGCAGAUAAACGCGCCAGACAACGAGAAGGGAGUGGAGGAGGAGAAGCGAGAGACGAUCCUGGAGAGCCUCAUCAAGAGGCCGGCGACGCAGCCGAAGGUGGAGGAGGAACCGGCAGACUGGAAGCCGGCGGACAGGUGCUACUUCUGCGUGGACGGUGCUGAGGAGCAGGCGGCUGGGGCUACGAGUCCGGCUUCAGAAUCGGACAGCAGUUCAGUGUCGGGCGCCAAGAGCCCGGCCGGCCAUCCGCUACUACAGCACCUUCUGCAGCUGCAACUCCAGGGGCAGAAUCCGCAGGCGAUCGCACAGUUCCAACAGAUGCUGGCGGCGCUCGCGGCGUUGGGGUCGGGGCUGGUGCCGCCGGCGCUGUCCCAGGCCUGGAUGAUGCAGCGACUGGCUGCCAGGCCGCAGGUCGACGGCCGAGUGCCAGAAGGCGGUGAGAAGGUGUCUGCCCCCAGCUCGUCGCCCAGCGCGGAGCAGCCGCUGGACCUCAGCGCCAGGUCCACCUCCUCCACCAGCGGUACGCCGCCUCCCGAUGGGAAGGACACCUCCAGAUUAAAACGUGCGAUGGUGGAGGGUAGGGGGGGACGCGCGUACACCGAGGACGAGCUGAACGCGGCGCUGCGCGACAUCCAGUCCGGGCGGCUCGGCACCCGCCGCGCCGCCGUCGUGUACGGCAUCCCGCGCUCCACGCUCCGCAACAAGGUCAACAAGUUCGGCCUGGCCGACGCCGCGCCCGACUCUGACCCCGACUCCGACCCCGACAAGCCCGACUCCCCCCAGUCCGUCAUCCUCAAGAUCCCCACCUUCCCCCCGCCCGACGACACCCCCUCCCCCGCGGGGCCCGGCGCCGCGCCCGUCACCCCCCUCACGCCGCUCGUCCGGCCGCCCCCGCUCAGCGCGCCCUCGCCGCUGCUCCUGCCCUCGUCGGUCUUCGCCGACCCGCCCGCCAACCAGCACCUCUUCACCUCGCUCAGCGACGUCAUCGCCAAGAGCAUCAGCCAGAAGUUCCAGCAGCCGCUCGACCGGCCGCCGCAGCCGGACCUCCCGUUCGGGCGCGCGCCGGACCGCCACGUGUCCGUCAUCAAGACGCCGCCGGACGCUCAGCGGGGCUACCCCGCGCCGAGCAACUCCAAGGGCCCCGCGAACAACGGGCAGCCCGCGACGGGCGGCAAGGGCACGCGGCCCAAGCGCGGCAAGUACCGCAACUACGACCGCGACAGCCUCGUGGAGGCCGUGAAGGCGGUGCAGCGCGGCGAGAUGUCCGUGCACCGCGCCGGCUCCUACUACGGCGUGCCGCACUCCACGCUCGAGUACAAGGUCAAGGAGCGCCACCUCAUGCGGCCGCGGAAGCGCGAGCCGAAGCCGCAGCCGGACGUCAAGCCGCAGCCGCCGAAGCCGCCGCCGAAGCCGCCGACGAAGCCGUUCGCGAACGGCCUCAACGGGCCCGAGUACCCCGCGAGCUACCCGUUCUGGACGGGGACGGGGUUCGCGCCGCCGCCUGCGCCCGACCUGUACGCCUCGCACAUGAUGCGCCGCCUGCGCGAGGAGGCGCCGCCGCCCGCCAACGGCUCCUUCCUGGAGGGCAUCAUCCGGUCGAGUCUGGAGCGGGGGGGUGCGGCGCUGCGCCUGUCCCCGCCGGGCGCGGUACGGCGGCGCGCGGACGGCGGCGCGGACCCGCCCGCGCGCCGCCCGCGCCUCGAGGACCACGCGCUCGCCGCCGACCUGCGCGAGACCGUGCAGCGGCUGCGCGCCGACAAGCUGCGCCCGCGCAACGGCACGCCUACCCCGCCGCCCGAGCCCGACGCCUAGCGCUCCGCCCCGCCCGCCUCGUAGCUUCCUGACACCCCCGCCUCACCCCGCGCCACCCCGCGUCGCGUCUCACCAAAUAUCACAGUAGUUACCUAGAGUCACAACCGAUCGCGAGCACGGCUUUACCGGUGCGAUAUCACAACUAGAUGUAGAGCCGGGCCCGGCGGCGACGCGCGCGGCGGGCCGGGCGGCGGGCCG